CCAAACUCUAAAGCAAUACUCGAUAUGGGUGACAAAAUUCACUCGAAGAAGAUUGCUACAGAAGCCAAGGUUAACAUGAUACCUGGAUUCGAUGGAGAGAUAGAUGAUGAGGACAUGUGCGUUAAAGUUGCCAACGAUAUUGGAUACCCAGUAAUGAUUAAAGCUUCAGCUGGAGGUGGUGGGAAAGGAAUGCGGAUCGCAUGGAAUGAUAAAGAAGCUCGAGAGGGCUACAGGCUUUCCAAGCAGGAAGCAAGGUCAUCGUUUGGUGACGAUCGUAUGCUUGUUGAGAAGUUCAUUGACAAUCCACGACAUAUUGAAAUGCAGGUUAGAUAG